AUGGUGUCCAGGAUUCUCAAGAAAACCCCCAGCACCAACAAGCACAUGCCCAUCAAGCGCUGCCGCGGCAUACGGAGGCGCCACCGCCGCAACUGCUCCUUGAAAAAGUCGGCGAUUGCUCCAUCCACCGUCUUGCUGACCCGCGUCGGCACCAACAAAGCAUUCAAGGUCCUCCACAAACCCCAGUCCCCGGAGACCCGGACCGAACCCCAGGCCCGCCUCCCACUCCCGCCUCUAGCCUCGCCGGAGAAACGGACAGUGUGUCUGGACCUCGACGAGACCUUGGUCCACUCCGUGACUGGUCCGCCGCCCAAGAACUUCGACUUCGUUGUCCGGCCGAAGAUCCGCGGCAAGGUGAUGACUUUCUACGUGGUGAAACGACCCGGCGUGGACGCUUUUUUGGAGAGGCUGGCGGCACAGUACGAGGUGGUGGUGUUCACGGCGGGGCUGAGAGACUACGCGACGCUGAUACUGGACCGGCUGGACCGGAAGCGCCUGGUGUCGCACCGGCUCUACAGGGACUCGUGUAAGGAGAUGAGUGGGAAGUUCGUGAAGGACUUGUCCGGGUUGGGGCGGGACUUGAGGCGGGUGGUGAUUGUGGACGACAAUCCCAAUGCUUAUUUCCUCCAGCCAGAGAACGCGAUCCCCGUCGUCCGGUUUUAUGACGACCCAGCGGACCGGGAGCUCACGAGGUUGCUGGAGUUCUUUGAGGACGAAGAGUUACGUUGUUGUGAGGACAUUAGGGUUGCCGUGAAGAAGUUUGUUGGUGACGAUGGAUUGAUGUCGUCUGAUGACGACGACGACGACGAUGAGUUGCAGGAGAUGAGUGAUGCUAAGUCUAAACCUACCGUUUCGACGCCGUUCUCUAUCAUCAGUGUCCAUAGAGUUCGCCCAUUUGGGCCGCCAGUUUUGGAGUGGGGGACAAAGGUGGUGAUCGUGUGCAGUUUCUUUCUGCUAAUUAUUAAUGUAAUCGUGUGCUUUCGCACAGGAUUUCAUCCUUUUUUUUAA